AUGGGUCAGAGCCUUUCGGUUUUUAAUGAAUUGCCCAGAACGAUAACUUCAUCGAAGAAACGUUCAGCGUUAUUGGCUCUGAUAAUUAUCCUUGGAUACCUUGCUAAAAAACGUGUUGAAGAAAAGAAAAGGCAAUCUCGUUCUAUUGCUCGGAAUUCUGCGAGUGGUCAAGAUAAUAGAAGCCGACCGACAAAGAGGGUUGGAGUUGACGCGCAAUUUUUUGCUCAAAUAAAAAAAUUGUUGCCUAUUUGUAUACCUGGUAUUGCUUCAAAAGAAACUGCAUUACUUUUUAGUUUGGCAAUGGUUUUAAUUGCACGCACUUGGCUUGAUAUAUGGUUUUCCGGUUUCAAUGGUCAUAUUGUUAAAGCUAUCGUAUCUCGUGAUCGGAAAGCAUUUAUUGCACGAGCAUACGCUCAUAAAGAAUAUUUGAAGGAUAUCACUUUUUAUAAGAUAACCAAUAUAGAUAAUAGAAUCCAAAAUGCUGAUCAAUUGUUGACACAGGAUAUCGAUAAAUUUGCGGAUAAUCUAAGUCAUUUGUAUUCAGAUAUUGCUAAACCUAUUGUAGACAUGGUCUUGUUCGCUUACAAAUUAGGUGAAGCCAUUGGGCAAGAAGCACCAAUUUACAUUAUUGGAUAUUUUAUGGCUUCUGGUGCUAUUCUUCGUGCAUUUUCUCCACCAUUCGGAAAAUAUACCGCCAUUGAACAAAAACUUGAAGGAGAUUUUAGAUUCACUCAUUCACGUAUAAUUACACAUUCGGAAGAAAUUGCGUUUUAUGGUGGUAAUGAAAGAGAAUUAGAAGUUGUUAAUGGAAGUUUUGAUAAGAUUGUGAAGCACGUUAAGAAAAUAUAUAGACUUAGAUUUAUAAAUGGAAUAUUUGAUUCCGUAUUGGUUAAAUACUGUGCAACAAUGACAGCUUAUUAUUUAUUAGCAAGACCAGUAUUUGAUGAAAGAUAUGCAACGGAAUUUAUGGGUAAAUUUGACACUGAUCCCACAAAAAUUAUGGAAGAUUAUUCAAGAAAUUCUGGUUACCUUGUAAAUUUGUCACAAGCCGUAGGUAGAUUGAUUUUAGCAGGUCGAGAUCUAACCAGAUUUGCAGGUUACACAUCUCGAGUUGCUGAGCUUUUUGAUGUCCUCGAGGAUGUUAAUAAUGGUAGAUAUGAACGUACCAUGAUAAGCAAAGAUUCAACUGUGACACCAAGUGAUAUUAAAGGAAAAGUUAUAACGAAAGAUGGAGUUAUUAUAUUUGAAAAAGUUCCUAUAAUUACACCUAAUAAUGAUGUAUUGGUUGAAACAGGAAUGAAUUGUCUUAUUUCAGGACCUAAUGGAUGCGGAAAAAGUUCUCUAUUCCGUAUUCUAGGAGAUUUGUGGCCAUUGUUUGAUGGAAUCGUUACAAAGCCACCACCUUCCAAACUUUUUUAUGUGCCUCAAAAACCAUAUUUAGCAUUGGGAACAUUCAGAGAUCAAAUAAUUUAUCCCGACUCUGAAACUAUUGCUAAUUCUAAAGGAUAUGAUGAUCAAAGGCUCAUGGAAUUACUCAAUGUAGUUCACUUAGAUUAUUUAGUUGAGAGGGAAGGUGGUUGGGAAUCAGUUCAAGAUUGGGCAGAUGUUUUAUCUGGUGGUGAGAAACAGAGAGUGGCUAUGGCAAGACUCUUUUAUCAUAGACCACAAUUUGCAAUUUUGGAUGAGUGUACCAGUGCAGUCAGUGUAGAUGUUGAAGGUAUAAUGUACACUCAUGCUCGAGAAUUGGGAAUUACAUUAUUUACAGUUUCACAUAGACAUUCAUUGUUAAAUAUCAUGAGUGGUUACUUAGAUUUGAUGGAGAAGGUAGUUACGUAUUCAGAAGAUGAUGACUCUAUAACACCAUUUGCUUUCUCUCGUAAUAAAACUGGUAAACAGAAAUUCACUCAAGAUGGUGAUCAAAGUGAAAAUAAAGAUGAUCAAAGUGAUGAAUUUUGA